AUGGUUGACAGGAGCUUGCUACACUUUCGUAAAAACGCUAAUAACACGAUGGUAGUCCAAAAAAAGUAUGCACAUACCGGCUCGGAUGUCGCCCGGGUGAACAAGGUCCGCGCUGCAGCUUUGGGUACUAGAGGCUGCAGUGUAAAGUAUGCUACCGAGUCCCAAAAAGAUAGACUGAAGAUGGGGUUGACAGUUAGAGUUUGGAAUGUCAGGUCAUUGUGGCAGACAGGGGCUUACGCGUUGAUGGAGAAAGAACUUGAACGAUUCAGAUAUGAUGUGGUUGGUCUGUGUGAGAUCCGAUGGACAGGAGGUGGAGAAAUGGAAGGUGGGAAGAUAUUAUGGUCUGGAACAGAGAGGGAGCACGUCUAUGGAGUUGGAAUGGUUAUUGGCGAAAAAGCAAAAAAAGCACUGUUGGAGUACAAUCCAGUGAAUGAAAGAAUGAUGUAUGCGAGGUUUAAGGGAUACCCGAGAGACAUUGAUGUGGUAGUGGCCUUUGCUCCAACAAUGGAUCACUCGGAUGCAAAAAUCGAGGCAUUCUACGAUCAACUGGAGCAAACAUUGAAUGUACUGCCAAAGAAAGAUGUUAAGAUUAUCACCGGAGAUUGA